GGCCCUCGACAGUGCCUGGUGAAUAUCGACCACGCGCGGGUUGGAUUUUACUUGGCCGAAAGUGACGUCAGUCUCGCAACGCUAUUGGACAAUAUAAAAUCGUAGUUUGCUCCUAUUGGUCGACGUCUUGAUAUAAGCAGUACUAUCAUGCGAACCUGUUUCAGUUGUGUCGUUGCUUACCCACUGUAUACUUGAAGAAUAGUAUGUACAAAGCACUUAACAGCAAGGAAAUAAAACACGAGUGCUCGCGGUCAGAAGGACUGCACGCAUAUCCCGAUCACUUUAGGGAAAGCACAGAGUUUUGAAUUACUUACCGCUUAAUGGAAACUUGAAUAUUACGUCCUCUGGCAGGAUUUGUAUAUAUAUUGUACAUACAUAUCAGUUAUUAGCAAGCAAUAAUAAUUUAUGGAAAAUUGAAUAUUUCCUCCUACGGCAGGACUGUAUAUAGUGUAUAUGUAAAUUAUUACCAAAGAAUUUUGCUCUAACGUAUCGACCUUCUGAGAAUCUUCUAACGUUGGAACUAACAGACACAGGGGCAAAUAGUAACAGUUGAAUUUGACUUAUACCUCGUGUAUCGAUAUACAAUCACUAACUCCGAGUGCAAGAACUACGAAACGAUAGUAAGGAGGCGAGCUAAAGAAGUCUGAGACAAAGAGAGACCGAAAAAUAACCUGAAAAUGAAGCCUGGCGCAGCAGACGAUAUGCCACUUGCCGCGAAACUUCUCACGGCAGGAACUGCGGCCUGCAUUGCCGACGUAGCUACGUUUCCUCUUGACACUGCGAAAGUCCGAAUGCAGAUUGCUGGAGAAGGCCGUGCGCUGUUGCUCGCAUCGGCUGAAGGUUCCGUUCUUGCUGUACGAACGGCUCAGCCAGGAUUGCUGCAGACACUUGGAAACAUUGUGCGCACUGAGGGAGCAAGGAGCCUGUACGGAGGUCUGUCCGCGGGACUCCAGAGACAGAUGUGUUUCGCCAGCGUACGCUUGGGCCUCUACGACAGCGUGAAGUCACUCUACGCUGGAUUCUUCGACGGUAAUAAUAGAAGUGGCUCGAUGAACAUUGGCGUUCGUGUCGCAGCUGGUAUCACAACUGGUGCCAUGGCAGUGCUCUUUGCUCAGCCAACUGACGUUGUUAAGGUGCGUUUCCAAGCUGGAAGCAGUGGCAAGACUUCUGUUAGGUACACCUCAACUCUACAAGCCUACAGGAGCAUCGCAGUGAAUGAAGGAGCUCGUGGAUUGUGGAAAGGUACAUUCCCGAACAUUUCUCGCAAUGCGAUUGUAAACGUGGCUGAAAUUGUUUGCUACGACAUUAUCAAGGAGCUCAUCCUGAAUUCUGGAUAUCUGCGCGAUGGCAUCCCCUGUCAUUUGACAGCUGCCACUGCUGCUGGCCUCUGCACAACUUUGGCAGCGAGUCCAGUUGACGUUGUGAAGACCAGGUACAUGAACAGCGCACCCGGGGAAUACAAGGGCGCUAUGGAUGCUGCUAUUAGGAUGUUCGUUCAGGAAGGUCCUCUUGCAUUCUAUAAAGGCUUCAUUCCCAGUUUUGCCAGACUCGUCUCUUGGAACAUUGUUCUAUGGGUCACUUAUGAACAGAUCAAGAUCCAAGUAAAAAACUUGCAUCGAGCUGAUUAAAUUAAAACUAAACGAUGUGAAUGUUUGCAAACUAUCUUGUGAAUCUUAUUGUUUUGAUGAUGCUUUAGAUUUCUUAUUGACUUUCUUUGGAUCGGUUGCUAGCAGCUAGAACAAUUAAAGCAGACACUGAAAAUUGUAUAUAGUUUUUUAAAUUACUAUGUAAGUAUUCAAAAUGACACUCCAUAGGUUUUCUAGGUCAGUAUAUCCACUUAUUGAUGGAUUCUCUCAGAGGAUUUACUGAUGCAAGAUUAAAAAUGUGGAAUUUUAUCUAGCUAUACAGAUGUACAUUUUUAAUUUAAAAACUCUAAAUUCUUUGUCACGAGUACUUUAGCGUUAUAACUUGAUGUAUACGUUGCAUCUUCCGUCUUUGCAAUGUGUGUAGGUAUACGACGGGUCGUUGGAAGUUGCUUUAGGCAAUAAUAUACUGCAUCUUAAUGUUAAAUGCUGUAAGCUCAUGUACGCAUCUGGACAAUACAUAAUAUUAUUUUUCUUA